UCAUUGUAUAACUCAAAUUAAUAUAGUAUCACCACCAUCGUCAACCUACUUCCAUAUAGACGAGCAUUCAUUUCCUCAGACACUCUUUACAUUUUUCUGCUACGCUCAUUUCAAUCUACGAUGAAGUUCGGUUACUUACUCUCUGCCUUCUUGGCUACGUUAGCCGCCGCUAGCCCUAUUUCCACCAUAUCUGACCCGGCUGAGAACACAGAGCUCGUCACUCGCACUGAUAAUGCAGUAGAGAGCGCAGAGCUAGUUGCUCGUUCUCCGACUGUGAUAGAGUCAAAGGAGUAUGAGGCUAUCAAAGCCAAACACUCGAAUCUAAAGAAAGAUCACUACUAUUACUUUUACGUGACAUGGCCGCGUGGGUCGUUGAUCGAUGGAGACCACGAGACGAAGGCUGAGGUAGAACAACUGAGAGACACUCUGGGCUUCGACCAUAUCGGGAUUAUAGUCGGCAAAGUAACCGAGAAAGAAGGCGGCACGAAAAAGAAGCCCACCCUCAAGAAGAACUUCGAAGCCAGAUUAUAUCACAUGGCCAAGGACGCUUCUGGCAAGUCCAUACUCAAAAUGAAUACCUGGGAUAAGAAGGACAGCGACCAUAAGCCGAUCCGCUUCGGUGGUGAGACAAACAAGAGAAAGCAUGAUGCGGUCCAAGGAAAUGCGCGGGACUGGAUUCAUGAUCACCCGACUUACAACGUCCAAACCAACAACUGCAACUCAUUCGUUCACAAUAUUGUUGCAUCACUUUAAUGAAUGAAUCGAUCUGUACCUACUCAUAGAUUAGAAAUAGGUGGCCUACACCGGAGGUAUUGCCUGGUGCUGACCGGGAAAAGCAUACUUCUCAUUCUUGCAUAUAAAUUUUACAUUGGAUCUUGACGGGGAUACUGGGACAGGAACAGGGACUUGGUGUCGGUAAAUAUAGGAUUCGGUCGUACAUAACACACUC